GAUUCAUCAUUUUCUACUGAGUUGUGAGAGACCAAAACGCGUUUUUACAGACGUCCUGCAUCAUUUGUGAAUUUUUUCUUUGACAGACUCUUCUAAACUAGACAGAUUGCAGGAGAUCACCAAGUUUUGGACAACUGAAGCAAAAAGAAGACCAAACAAAAACUGCAUUUUUCAAAAACUGACACUAUCAGCAUGAUCUGGGGCCUGUGUCUGCUUUGUGUUGCUGGGGGUAUCAGGACAGUCUAUGCAAGUCCAGUCAGGACCAACGGGAAAACAGAAGACAAGGCUGCACCACAAGAAGAAGUCAAUGUGCUUAUGUUUGGUGUGAUACAGUUCAGUGAAUCUCUGAGUUACGCUUACGAAACCACUGAAGCAAAGUUAGCUAAAAUCACCCAGACUCUGAGGAGCCAUGAAGGCAUUCUCCAGCAGCUGGGGAAGCAGACUGAGCAGGCUGCAGAGGUGGAGAAACAGAUCAAAGAGGUGAUACACUUGCUACAGGACCAGAUGGCCAAGCAACAGGCUCAUACCAAGAUGACUAAAGACUGGCUGGCCAGCAUGGAACAGGAAGAGGUGGAGCUGGGGACAAAAGUGAGGAGGUUGGAGAUGUAUCUCAACAACUUCUUCCCUACCAGCAUCAAAGAGUUGCAGGAGAGAGCACAGGAGCACUCCAGCAUCCUGAAGGGUUUACAGCAUUUAACUCAGUUCCAAAAAGAGAACAUUGAGACUCAGAACAAGCAGCUCUUAAAACUGCAGAAGAUGAGUGAAGCUCUAUCACAGUAAGUUCAAGACUUGCAGUCUGCAAAAAUAAGACAAGUUCAUCAAGAUCUUCGACUCACUCCACUCCCUGCCAUCCCAGUAUGAGAUGUAUGUCGAAUUUCCACAUGCUGUGCAGCCAAAAUGGAAUAUUUGGUUUGUACCGUUUUCAUUGGUUGUCAUUACUGCAGCUCAACAUUAUUCUGUCUUUUUUCAAAUACUUUGUAAACAUUGUUUUCUCCUUGUGAUAUACUACUAAUAUAGUAAUAGUACUCAUGUUAUCAAUUUAUUUAAGAUUUUCAGUCAUCAUCAAACUACUGUAAACAAAAUUAGUAUAUUA